AUUCUUUUUACCUGUCCUGUUGCAUUCCCAUUCCUUCCAUUUCUAGUCUUGUCAGUAUGUCAUAAGAAACAGAGAGUCAGUCGCCAGAGAGCAUAGCAAGCGGGCGCUUCGCGUUUGAUUAGCUUGAUUUUGUUCAAUCGAUUCAAUGUAUUUUUGUUCUGUGCUUCGUGUAUUAAUUCCUGUGUACCAUAAAUCUCGAAAAAAUGAUUGGGGAGUAGUCGGCUGCGAAAAAUUUUUGUGUUCGAUAUUUUUAAAAACCUAACCUCCCCUAAGUUGUUGCUGGAUAUUGUGAAGUUAUCCAUUGUCAAAAGUGUCAAAAAUCUCUUUGAAACUUUGGGAUUUUUUUCUUGAGUUUGUCUUUAUUGAAGAAUUACUUGAGUGAAUUUGUGAUUAUCGAAAAUGUCGAGGUUUACCAGAACCAGUGAUGGUCUUCUAAAGAUCGAAGAAUGUGAUAUGGUUAAAUUGGUCCACAAAAAGCCUAUCGUGGAGGUGUAUGAUGUCGAAAAAAUACCGCUUGGAAGAGGAAAAUACGCCACCGUAUGCAGGGCCGUACACAAAACCACUGGUGUUCAAUACGCUGCUAAAUUCGUCAAAAAGCGAAGAAGAAAUCUUGACCAAAUGAAGGAAAUAAUACACGAAAUAGCUGUUCUAGAGGAGUGUGCAUCCAGUGAUAGAGUUAUUCGACUACAUGAGGUGUACGAGUCGACGACCGAGAUGGUCUUGGUGUUAGAGCUGGCCGCUGGCGGUGAACUCCAGCACAUCUUGGACGGAGACAACUGCUUCGAGGAGCUGGAGGCCCGGAAGGUGAUGCGUCAGAUUUUGGAGGGCGUAGCGUACCUGCACAGUCGGAACAUAGCACAUCUCGACCUAAAACCACAGAACAUAUUGCUGGCGACCGAGGACUCUUGCGACGACAUUAAACUCUGUGAUUUCGGCAUAUCGAAGGUGCUAGAGCCUGGCGUCAAAGUACGGGAAAUAUUAGGUACUUUAGACUAUGUAGCACCAGAAGUACUUAGUUAUGAACCAAUCAGCCUAGCGACCGACAUUUGGUCGAUAGGAGUUUUAACCUACGUGCUUCUGUCAGGAUUCAGCCCCUUCGGAGCCGACAACAAACAACAGACUCUCCUAAACAUAUCCCAGUGUGCCUUAACCUUCGAGCCUGAACACUUUUCUGACGUUUCUAGUGCCGCCAUAGAUUUUAUCAAAAGUGGACUCAUACUAGACCCUAGAAAACGACCGACUAUUCAAGAAUUGCUUGAUCACCCUUGGAUAUCCCUCAAGUCAAAUAUAUCUUCCCUGAUAGUAAAAUCAACGUCGGACAGUAUUCAAGUGACCCCCCGUUCGACCCCGAUCAGCCAACGAAAGAGCUUGAGCCACGUUAACUUGUCGGCUCCCAGCACAACUCCCAUAAGCCAACGGAAAACCUACCUUCAAACAUCGGACAAUAUAAAUGGGCCGUUUGAAGGCUCGCCAAGAAGUGCCUACCAAGUUCCCAACAACUGCCUUUGCUCCCAAUGUGGCACCACGUGCAGACAUUUGACCCACACACCACACGUAUCGAAAACUGCAAUCACAGUCGAUCGGGGAAUUUUGUGCUAGCUCGGACCACUUGAAGAGCACAAUCUUUUCGAAAUGUAUUAUUGGCCUGAGGAUGAUUGUAGAAUAUCUAAAAAAAGCAAUGAAAAAAUCCAAAAAAAAAAUUAAGUUAAUUGAAUUGAUUCCAUCGAAAUCUGUUUCAAGUGUUUCACACAUCAACCAAUAGAUCAAAUAUUUUGUGUGUAUCAAAUUUUUCUUUACAAAAGAAAUUGUUCGUAUCGGCAUGAGGAUCUUGUUGAAAUGUUAUUUUGUUAGUUGCAUGUUUGUAAAAAUAAUUUAUAAAAAAAAAAAAUGGUGAAUAUUCUUCGAUAUUUCCUCUGACCAAUUUUACCACAUCUGUUAUGUUCUUAUGCAUUUGAGAGAACUUCAUUACUCAGUUUUGUACCUUAUGAUUCCAAAAUCUCAAAUGUUGAACAUUUUGAGUAAUUGUAAAAUAAAUAGUUUUAUGAAGUAUUUUGGUAAUUUAUGUUUUUGCUUUAAUGUUUCGGUUAGUGAGUUAAAUAAAGUAUUCUAUUUUGUUGUGAA